GCAGCCCUAGCAGUGAGCAGGGAGCUCAGAACAGAGAAGCUACCUAGGGGAUCAGGGUGUUCCAGGGGGCUCACUCUGGGGGCUUUCAAGGGGAUCUGAAAUGAAUGAAUGAACUGCUUUCUGGGAGACUAGCCACAGCCAGAGGAACCGUGUCACUGGGAGAAAGACGCUGGGGAGGACAAGUCUCCUGAACAGCCUCAAGUGUCCUGAAGCCACCAGAAACCCUUAGGAAGACCAUCUACAUUAGAAGGUGUUUCUAGUCGUGCACAGGAGCUGACUGGUCGAGGACCCACAUUGGCGAGCUUCCAACGCCAUAACGAGAAACGAGAAUGGAGGAUGAAGAUUUCAACACCUCUGCCCUCUAUGAGGAAUACUCUGAUGGCUUUGACUCCUUAGUGAUUUCGGAAGAGUUGCCUCCCCUGGAAGACAAGAUGGCCAGGAUCUUCCUGGUGGCGGUCUACAGCCUUGUCUGUUUCCUGGGGAUCCUAGGCAAUGGUCUGGUGAUUGUCAUUGCCACCUUCAAGAUGAAGAAGACCGUGAACACUGUCUGGUUCCUCAACCUGGCCGUGGCAGAUUUCCUGUUCAAUGUCUUCCUCCCAAUCCACAUCACCUAUGUCGCCAUGAACUACCACUGGGUUUUUGGGACAGCCAUGUGCAAGAUCAGCAACUUCCUGCUCAUCCAAAACAUGUACACAAGUGUCUUCCUGCUGACUGUCAUCAGCUUCGAUCGCUGUGUCUCGGUGCUCCUCCCAGUCUGGUCCCAGAACCACCGCAGUGUUCGGCUGGCUUACACAGCCUGUGUGGUUAUCUGGGUCUUGGCCUUCUUCUUGAGUUCACCGUCCCUUGUGUUCCGGGACACAGCCAAUCUGCAUGGGAAAAUAUCCUGUUUCAAUAACUUCAGCCCGGCCUCGGUCAAUUCUUCUUCAAGGCCUGUUCACCCCCAACUGGACUCUGUGGGAUAUAGCCGGCAUGUGGGGGUGACUGUCACCCGUUUUCUCUGUGGCUUCCUGGUCCCGGUCCUCAUCAUCACAGCCUGCUACCUCACCAUUGUAUGCAAGCUGCAGCACAACCGCCUGGCCAAGUCCAAGAAGCCCUUCAAGAUCAUUGUGACCAUCAUCAUCACCUUCUUCGUCUGCUGGUGCCCCUACCACACUCUCUACCUCCUGGAGCUCCACCACACCACCAUGCCUGGCUCUGUCUUCAGCCUGGGCCUGCCCCUGGCCACAGCCAUUGCCAUUGCCAAUAGCUGCAUGAACCCCAUUCUGUAUGUCUUCAUGGGUCAGGACUUCAAGAAGUUCAAGGUGGCCCUCUUUUCCCGCCUGGUCAAUGCUCUGAGUGAGGACACAGGCCAUUCUUCUUACCCCAGCCAUAGAAGCUUUACCAAGAUGUCAUCAAUAAAUGAGAGGAGUUCCAUGAACGAGAAGGAGACCAUCAUGCUUUGAGGGUCCCUCAGUGGACACUCCCAGCCCAGGGACAUGUCUUCUGAAGACCAAGGAUGGCACCUACUGAUUUCUUCUUUAGCACCUACUGAUAUCCUCUGAAGUUUGCAUGGCAAUGGACAGAGUUUUGAGUUGUAAGUCCAUGUUCUAGAAUGCUUUUCUCCAACAGAGACUGCCAUGUUGCACACAGCCUUGAACUAGCGAUCUAUGCUUCUUGGAAGUCCAACCUUGACCCACUGAAAGCAGAAAAAGAAGAAUUCUCAAAAGAACUGCCAUGAUCUGAGGCUGGCAUGAAGCAGCAGAAUUAAGCUACUUACUGUGCAGAGCACAGAAAUGAUGCAAACAUUUUAUAAGGCCCAUUCCUGGUGGGUGCAGGGGAGGUCAGAGCAAACCCAUGUGGUGCAGAUCACACCUGGUCGUCACAUGCCUAUGUCAAAGCCAGGCAGGAAAUCCUCCCUCCCUGCUCAAGCCAUUCCUCUGGGUUGAGGCAUGUGGAAAUGCACAGGUGACCUGGGAAAGGAAGGCAACAUAGCAGCAAAUGAACUCCCAAGACCACAUAUUUGGCUUUCAGACCAGCGGGGAAGACAGACGACAAGUCCUGAGGGACCAUGUGGGCUCCUUGCAAGGGCUGGACAAGUGGGGGUGCAGUUAGAACUUGGGGCCCUGGGGAAGGAAGGACAGAGAAGACCAAAGAGCCUUCCAAGGAUGGGGGCAUAGAGUAGCUCAUCUAGAACUUCGCAGGGUAAUGGUGCUUUUGGCUGGAGCUAUUUGGGGGCUGUGGGCUGUGCCAACUCCUGCUCUCACCCUGCAUUUAUACCUGGGAGUGCUGCUAGCUCCACCAGCAGCUCCCAGCCCAUGACAGGGAUUCUUCUCUCUUUCCUUAAUCCACUCAGCUCUGGCUGGAGGUGCAUAGAAUAAAAUACUGGGUUCUGGGGCGAGGGGUGGGGUGGGAAUGGGAUUUCUCAUCAAUUUCCUCCAAGCCUUGCUGGAGACUGGUCCAAAACACAGAUUUAGGAAGCAACUUUGCAGCAUCUCCUGGGAAGAAGAGUGUGUCUAAGAACUCAGUCAAUUAACUCAAAAAAGGGUCUGGAGCCUGUGUUCUUGACUUGGGUUCCUAAGAUGCAGGCCCCAAUUGCCUCCUAUGUGUAACCAUGCUGCGUGGCUUUUCUCAACUAAUACUGACACCUUCCUGUGGCACAGAGUGUCAUUUCCCAAUGACACAGCUGAAGAUCAGAGCAGGGAAGUACUUUGCCCAACAUUAGCCAGCUAAUCAGUGGCAGAGUUAAGAGCUGAACCCUGCUUUGCCUGGCUCCAGAGUCUCUAUUCUUUUAUUGAGAAUUUAUCUGUUUAGACUUUAACGCUGGCCUAUAUUUAUUUAGCACCUUCCAUGGUAAGCACUUUGCAUGUGUUUUCUUAUUCCUCACAGCAAUCCUUAGGUGCAAUGAUUACUUCCCUUUUACAUAGGAGGAAUUUGAGGUCAAAGAGGUUAAGUAACUCACCUGAGGGCACCCAGCUAGUCUCUGCCAGAGCCUGGAUUUGAACCUCUGUCUGCCUGGCCCAAAUGAGGCUGCAGUGUCAGAAAGAAACUAGAGAGGUUGGGGUUUCAACCAUAAAUAUUGAUUCUUCUGCAGAUUAAUGUGAACAUCUUAAUAACUUUUAAGAACAUUUGAAAAUAGUUUUUAUAAAUGACCCAACGUGGCAAAGAAAAUGCAUUUGGCUUCCAGCUCCCCUGACAGCCAUCAGCACUCACUCCCACCAUGAGGUCCCCAGGGAGGGCAGUGGGAACAGAGUCCUGGCAGGAGGUAGCCACUUGUAGGCCGAGGUCCUUUGGUCCUUAAGUGUCCACAUUUUGUUUUCUUCCAAGUCCCUGUGUGGUUGAGCCAAUUCUUCAACAGGAUGCAAGGAACAGAUGUAAUGUCUGCCCCGAGCUGGGCAGGUCCCCAAGGCUAUGGGCCAUUUAGAAUCGCACUUCAUUAAGAGACAAACUGUUCCUUCCCGCCUUGUGUCUUAAUGCUUAUGACAAGGCAGCUCUGAAUUGACCUCAAGCUGGGGCCUCUGACUGCUUUCAGGAGUCUGAACAUGGAUAGUUUGAGAGCAAAAAGGGGGCUUUAAAUAUUCUCCCUCCCCAAGUUUGUAAGUGAAGUCAUUGAGACACUAAAUGUCAUGUGAUUUCCCCUAGGUCAUAUUGAUAGUUACCAGCUACUCAGGCCACCUCGCUCCCAGGAUGGGGUACUUCCUGGGCUAGGGGGCUGGCCAGGCUGGGCUAGGGGAGCCAGGAUACAUGCUGUCGUUGGAAAGGCUGAUAAACAGGAGCCAGAUUCAAACCAGCUGCUUUCUUCCUUGGAGUCGGGCCUCCCUUUUCUGGCUGCUCACUGGUCUUCCUGCUCUGCUAUUGGGUAAUGCCAAGGACUUAAAUGCAGCCAUGGCACUCCCUUGAGUCUUGUCCCUGCAGCUUGCGAGUAACUCCCCAGGUCACACGUAUGGAGUCCCCGCAGUGGGCAAAGUGUGCUCCCUUGAAGCAUUAUGCAGGCAGUGACAUACCUAGUGCUGACAGGCCUUCAGGGCCUGGGAUCUAGCACUCAGGAGUUAGUGCCACCUCUUGGGUGGGGUGAGUGGGUGGGGCACAGGGCAGAGGGACAAGAAGAGAAGAUGGUGUUUGAGGAUGGGGGAGGGACAGAAAGGAACCAGAGCAUGACAAUUCAGGGAAGAGACCUGGCAUUAAACAUCUACCACAUGUUGGGCAGACAUCAUAACCUCAGAUUGGCCCUGUGGGAAGAGGACUGUCACGCCCAGGGGGUAAUGCAGAAUGUGAGGGCUGAAGAACAGACUUUACUUGUUCAGGGUCAUGCAGCUAGUAAGUGAU